AUGGUGGCUCCGGAUGUCAGCCUGCUCGACGAGGCCGCAUCGGACUGGACAAGUGCAAUUGAGGCGCCAUGGCAAUUGGAUCCUGGUGUUGAUUUCUCCGCUCUCGAGCUCGACUUCGGCCAGAACAGCAUUGACGCUGUGGCGCUCACAAAAAGUCCGCAUUCUCGAGUGGACGGCCAGCGCAGCAGUACGACCGAGGAAUCAACCUUGACCAGGAAUGAUGGUGUUUUGGGUGAGCCUAGACUGGAGUCCUGCUACGUACCGCCACCUGUUGUUAUCGUCGAAGAUAACGACCCGGUUACGCCAGAGCAAAGAGACGUUGUGGAUCUGACCAGCACACCGGGGUUCGAAUACGAUACACUCGGCCGGUUCAACGUGGACACUACCUCAUGCACUCCUCUGACGCCUCCUCCUCCACUGUACCUCUUAAAUGAGAUCGAAUCUUUGCAAUCUCAUUGGCCGCAAUUGCACAUCGAAGCAGAGAUGGUUCGACAUACUGUCUACUUGCUUGGUGACAUUGAUGCAGCAUCCUGCGCCCAACGCCCCGCUCUAUCAUUUCUGCCAGCUGAAUCCUCAGUCAGUCAGUACUAUCCUCGUAUCACACCAUCGUGCUGUCCAGACAGCCGUAUCGACACCCAGCAAGGCCGCCUGAAGGCCGGCCUCGAAGCUCAUUUCGCUACGGCAAACCACUGGGAUAGAGCUCUGGAUAGACUCGAGCAAUGGUGGGACGAACACUGGUGCCUUAUCGAAGAAUUCCCAAAUUUCAUCUUUGCUGAUGAUGUUGCAGAGCUUGCAAAGCUUCGAGCGGCCCGGGACAGACUCCGGAAUGAAUUACCCAUCUCGUGGACUCCUUACUGCUCCAAUAUACUUGAUGAGAUCCAUUUUGCGACAGUGAAAUACCGGUUGUUCCCUCUAGCCCCGACUCCCGAGUAUUCUGCCAUUGUCCGAUAUCUAAUGGACUCUAGGCUGAACGUCGACACAACUGACGAACAUUAUCAGCAUCCCCUUCACUGGGCUUGCUCUUUCGGAAAAGCGUCUGCAGCAAAACUUCUGUUCAUGUCCAGCCCAGAUUUCCUCAAACGAAGAGACGAUACAGGCCGGCGACCUCUCGACGUAGCGGUGGAUCGCGACCAUCUCGACGUUGCCAUCGAGCUUCUCCACCACGCCUGCCAGAGAUACUACAAAUUGCGCUCGCCCCUGCAACUCACCUGCAAGUACGGCAAUGCUGCUCUCGUCAAAGCGCUUCUCGCAAGCGGAGAGUGCCAUGGGCUGGAAGAAGCAUUCAACACUGCCUUGCGCUACGCAUCAGUUGGCACGGUCAAACUGCUUCUCGGAGCAGGGUCAAAGCUCAAAGACCUGGGGGAACUCCUCGAAAGCAUACAGCACGAUACAUGUCCCGAUGGGAAGGAGAAGCUGCUCCUGCUGUGUCAACAUGGACAGCUCGUACGUCCUCAAGACCCUAUCGGCAAGUCUCUCGCUCACGCUUCUGGGGCUAUGGGUUGA